CCUCAAUUUAAUAGAAUACAAUGCGCGGUCGACGACGUCCGAGUACUCAAUCUCUUAACACGCCUCACAAGAAAGACAAGAAAAAGCAAAAACAUCAGCGACCUUUGAAGGUAAAAAAGAAAGAAGGAGAACAAAGGAAAAUCAAAAUUGAAAAAGAAAAACUAAAAAAACAAAACAUUGAAAAUGAAACUAGACCAAAAUCUCCACAUAAGAAUCAAAAUGAAAUGUUACAAGUUGGCAGCAAAUCUAUAUUUUUUCGACGAAGGCCAAAAGAGCUAAGUGAAUGUUCCAAAUUGGAUGACAAUAAAGGCAAAAGUCAGAAACAUAACAAUGAUUCAAACAAUGAAUCUCCAAGAAGAAACUUAUUCAAACAAGCGUUAAAACGACAAAUAUGGAAGUUAUCUAAAAAUGCAAUUCGCAAAAAUAAACACUGGAAUGCUGUUUUGGAAAGCAAUAAUAUAGAUAUAGAUAAAAUAAACAUAGAUAAAGUUGAUCUUAAUCUUAUAAAUGUAGAUGCAUUAGACAUUAAAAACAAAAAUUUAAAACGAACUGUUACCUGGUUGCUUAAGUAGUGGUCAUUCAUUCAAUUAACUAUAUCAAAAUAGCAAAUAUGAAUAAUUCAACUACAGGACACUAACAGAAAGCUUGAAGAACAAGGUCGGCACUUGCGGUAUUAUUAUUUUGAGAUAGAAAGUAUAAGGGUUAAUGCUAGACUAGAUUAGGAUACCUCAUUCAUAGUUUAACUACAAUAAAACAUCUGUAUUUUUUAUCCUUUUUCCGGUGUUAAUAUGAUGCAUCUUCAGCCGUCUGGCGACCACUUUUUUGUAUUGGAUAAGUCAGGUUCGUUAACGAAAAAAUACUCGCAAAUACACCUUUAUUUACGUUUGCAAUAGGAAAUUUAAAUAACAUAAAUUUUGGACGACCCAUAUAACUUUUUUUGUUUCUUGUAGACUGUUAAGUCUGGUAUAAUAUGGAAAUUAAAAAAAAAUUAAAUAGCUGGGCAUAAUCAUUUCUAAGCUGAACAAUUAAUUAACCAAUAUGUCAGAAAAACCAUCAGGGAUUUUGUACAAAAAGAAACCAACAGUAUCAACUCAAUUUCGCGAUAAGAAAAAGUUUAAGUUACCUGUACGCAAAAACUCUUCGUCUGAGCUUGUAAAGAAGAAGGGGGUAUCUUCAUUUAAAACCAAAGCGAUAGAAUCUGUAAGGGAAAAUAAAAAAAGAAAUUUUUCAAUAUUAGGAAUAUCCAAACACGAAGAAAAGGAAUUAAGUAAUGAUUCAUUACGCAAUAUAAGAAAUCCACAACAUGACAAAAUUAGCAAAAAAGGUGCGACUAAAGACCAAAUUAAGAAUAUUGACAAAGAUGAAUUAAAGGCACUUUUUAAUAUAUCUGGGCCUAAGGAAAAAGUAUUUAAUCAAAUGAUCGAUGACUACAAAGCUGGAAAAAUAUCUCUUACUCAAUUAAAUAUUUCCAAAACGUUGCCUAAGAAACUUAAAAAAGAUCAUAUAAACGAAAUGCUAGUAUUUUACCAGGAAACAAAAAAGAAAAAGAAUCUACCUUUAAAAAAGAUAAAAGAUAAAAUUGACGAAAUACCAAUCCAGUCUUCAAGUUACAGCUCUAAUCCAAACUUUAUAAAAAGAGCCUUAAAGCGACAGUUGUGGAAAUGGUCUAAGAAUAAAAUAAAAAAGAAUGAACGUUGGAAUAAAUUAUUGACUGAAAACAAAAUCA